AUGAACGCCAGCAUAGCGAGCAACACUGGUGGCAGAUCUUUGAGUAACACGAACAGACUUGCACAUGAUAUAAAUGAAAGAGCCUUGUCACUUCUACAGAAAAACCGACAGCGGAGGAUGCUGCUAAACCGAAAGGAAGACCGCAGGCGUUAUAUCCCAUCAGAAGAGCCUUCUAGAAUUGAAAGCCCGGUGUCAGCGGUAAAAACCAUACGCAGGCGCAAAAGCAGCACAAAACGAUAUCGACCAAGCGAUGUUGCACUUCAGGAAAUACGAAAAUAUCAGAGAAGCACUGAUCUUUUGAUUUCGAAGAUGCCGUUCGCACGCUUAGUCAAAGAGGUGACAGAUCAAUUCACGACCGAAGAACAGCAGCUACGCUGGCAGUCAAUGGCAAUUAUGGCUCUACAGGAGGCUAGCGAAGCAUAUUUAGUUGGACUCCUGGAGCACACGAAUUUGUUAGCGCUUCACGCUAAGAGAAUAACUAUUAUGAGGAAAGAUAUGCAACUGGCACGUAGGAUUCGGGGCCAAUUUAUUUAA